CUUUUUUUGUUACCCUUUUCAGGAUUGCACCCUUGUCAGGACUGGAUAGUCUUAUUAUAAAGCAAAGAAGAAUAAAUGAAAUAAUUUUUUUCUGAUUGAAAAGAUUUCUCUUAAUAAAGAGGAAAAUUAGUGUUUGUUUAGCCAGAAGAGUGAGAGAAGAUGAGUCAAAUGAGACUUUUUUCUUUAAAGAUGAAUGAUGGAUGCUUCAUGCCUAUGCUGGGAUUGGGCACUUCUGCCCCUCCUCAGGUUGCUAAGAGUGAGGUAGAAAAGGCCAUCAAGAGAGCAAUCGAUGUAGGCUACCGCCAUAUUGAUUCAGCUUAUAUGUACCAAAAUGAAGAAGAAAUUGGGAGGGCCAUCCAGAUGAAGAUUGCAGAUGGCACUGUGAAGAGGGGUGACUUAUUCUACACUACGAAGUUGUGGAGCACCUUUUUCCGUCCAGAAUUGGUCCAAACUUGCCUGGAAAGCUCACUGAGGAAACUUCAACUGAGCUAUGUGGAUCUUUAUCUUACUCAUUUCCCAAUAGCUAUGAAGCCUGGGGAGGACUUUUUCCCAAAGGACACAUAUGGAAACAUCAUUUUUGACACAGUGGAUCUCUGUACCACAUGGGAGGCCCUGGAGAAGUGUAAGGAUGCAGGACUGGCCAAGUCCAUUGGGGUGUCCAACUUUAACCGCAAGCAGCUGGAGAUGAUCCUGAAUGAGCCAGGGCUCAAGUACAAGCCCGUCUGCAACCAGGUGGAAUGUCACCCUUACCUCAACCAGAGCAAACUGCUGGAGUUCUGCAAGUCCAAGGACAUUCUCCUUGUUGCAUAUGCUACCUUGGGGUCUGACUUAAGGAAGAAAUGGGUGAAAAAGGACAAUCCAGUUCUCCUGCAGGAUCCAGUACUCAACACCAUUGCUGAAAAGCACAGGCGAACUCCAGCCCAGGUCACCCUGCGCUAUCAGCUGCAGAGAGGGGUGGCUGCUCUGGCCAAGAGCUUCAAUGAGAAGAGGCUCAAGGAGAACUUCCAGGUUUUUGAAUUCCAGUUGACCCCAGAGGAUAUGCAAAGUUUAGAUGGCCUAAACAGAAACAUGCGCUAUUUUGAAGAAGAUUCACUGUCUCAUCAUCCAAAUUAUCCAUUUCAUGAUGAAUAUUAACAGCAGUGUCUGUGGUUGCUCCAGAGUUCUUGGUUUUGGGUUGAUGAUUGGAGGACAUCUCAAGGAUGAGAACGUACCUGCUUCAUUCCAUGUCACUUAGCCUGAUCAGUUGCGAUAUGGCUGGGGUUCCUGGGGCAGGAAAUAAAAAUCUCUAAACCCAGUCUCUUUCCCCCAGAGUAAAUAAAGAUACAUUUCAAACAA